AUGGAUAUUGAUGCAGAAGAUGCUACAAAGUCUGGUUUACACCCGAUUGAGCUAUGCGUUUAUUCUCUUUUGAGUGGCAAUUUAGAAAGCAUAUACCAAUCGAUUAAUGAAUUAAGGGAAUCACAAGCAGUGCUGAUACUGCGGCUUAAGCAAUUGAGAGAAACAUGCAAAGAUGAGCAAGAUCGUAUCAAUAAAUAUUGUUCGUUAAAUGCAGAGAUUGAGAGGCUGGAUAAACUUGAAACCAAAGUUGACGUUGUCUUAAAGAGGUACGAGAAAAUGGUGGGAUCCAUAUCGGAAUAA